CGUAGUGCUAUAAAUCUUCCUCAGCGCCUUAACAUCGCCGAACUAUAGAGAUCUCUCUCUCUCUCUCUCUUCUCCGUCACUGUAUAUCGAGGAGAUCUGGAUCGCAAGAGAAGCUUCAGCUAUGAAGGGAUUACUUCUCUCUCCUCUUCCGACUCACCAGUCGAAGAUCCCAGAUUUCUUUCCUCUCUCUUCUCUCUCUCACCGGUCGAAAACCCCGACUCUUAGCUUGUUCCUCCCAAACUCCACCACUCGCUCUGUUCUCGGUUUGCGCCGGAGGAUGAGUUCCGCUAUUCGCUGUUCUACAGACGGAGCCGUGAAGGUGGAAGAGCAAAUCCCUAUUGAGAAGAGGUUCUUGGCUUACCCGACCGUCAUGGACAUCAAUAAGAUCUGUGAAAUUUUACCACAUCGGUUUCCUUUCCUCCUAGUGGAUAGAGUGAUCGAGUACGAACCAGGAGUUACAGCUGUUGCAAUCAAGAAUGUGACUAUAAAUGAUAAUUUCUUCCCUGGCCAUUUUCCGGAAAGGCCAAUAAUGCCCGGUGUGCUCAUGGUUGAGGCCUUGGCUCAGGUAGGAGGUAUUGUGAUGCUGCAGCCUGAAGUAGGAGGCUCUCAGGACAUAUUCUUCUUUGCGGGCAUGGAUAAGGUGAGGUUUAGAAAGCCAGUAAUAGCGGGGGAUACGCUGGUCAUGAGAAUGACUCUCAUUAAAUAUAACAAAGCCUUCGGGUUGGUGAAGAUGGGCGGGAAGGCUUAUGUGGGUGGAGAUGUAGUUUGUGAGGGAGAGUUCUUGCUGGCAAGUGGAUCUGGAAAUAAAUAAUAAAUACAUAAAUGAACAAAAAUAAAUAAUAAAUAUUAGAUCCAGCUUUUGCUUAAUUGAAACAUUUAAAUAAUUUGGUGUGAUUCAGAAUUAUUCAUGUAGUUUUGUUUGAGGAUUUGUUUGGGAAGAUUAUAAUUGU